CUAAAGAAUAACACUUGUCUUUCUUCCCAAACUAAUUCCUCCACAGAACCCUAAAACUAAAAUAGUGGUGCCAUGGCGUUAAAGCAAACUCUGAUACCAAACAUUAACACUCUUCUUCUCCACCGGGACCCAAUUCGAAUUUCCUCUUUCUCUUCUCGCUUCCUAAACCCCAACGCCGCGCGAAAAUUGGCUCCCGCUCCACUAAUUAAAUGUUCCUACGAUUACGGCGCCGCCAGCAGUAACAGUGGGCUCUAUGAGUACGAACGUUAUGCGGCGCCGGGGCCUCAGUAUCCGAGGCCGCCGGAGAUUCAGUGGAAGAAGGAGCUCUGCAAUUCGGUGCAGCUUAUCGGCGUCGUUGGGGCUCCGGUUCAAAUCAAACACCUUGCUUCCGGAAAGGCUGUGGCGUGGACCCGCCUUGCCGUUAAGAAAUCGCAAACCGACACCACUUGGAUUAGCUUGACUUUCUGGGAUGACUUGGCUCAUAUUGCUUCUCAGCAUGUGGAAAAAGGUCAACAAAUACAUGUUUCUGGUCGCCUAGUUUCAGACACUGUUGAAAGCGAUGACGGGAAGCAGCAAGUCUACUAUAAGGUAGUUGUUCAGCAACUAAACUUCAUUGAGAGGAGCCCAUCACCUGUUCCAUUGUACAAUGAGGAUUCUAAUUCUGCUACACCUGGCAAGAGCCAAAGCGCGUUUUCUGCAAAUUCUACUGGUACCACAGAAGAACUCUGGCAAGCCUACUUUGCUAAUCCAAUGGAAUGGUGGGAUAAUAGGAAGAACAAGAGAAGCCCAAACUAUCCGGAUUUCAAGCACAAAGAUACUGGUGAAGCAUUGUGGGUGGAAGGCAGGUACAACCCGCCAUGGGUUAAAUCACAACUUUCUGUACUCGACUCAAAGAUGGAAUCAUUCAACGAGCAAAGUUCUAGCAUGAAUGUGAGUUUUAUGAAUGCUGAUAGUCUCGGCUCCUUUUAGCUAUUGACCAUAUCUAUAUGUUACAUCGUUCAGCUACCACCCUCAUUUUGUACAAUACUGCUAUGGUAUGUAUUGUUCAAGCUUUAGUCUAUUUUAUUAAGAAUCCGUGUUAUGGUACU